UGCGGAAAUCGUUUCUUCCUAGCGAUCAUGUCUCGCUUCGGAGCGCUCAAUCAUGCGAAGCACCUACUACUGCGAGGCAAACACGAAGAGUUGAGAAGCGAACUGUCAUCAAACCCGCGUCUUUUGACAGAAAGAGACGGAGAGGGUCUCACACUUCUUCAUCACGCAGCCAUCAAGAACAAACUAGAAUGCCUAGAAGUGCUUCUAGAUAAUGGCGGCGAUGCAAACGUGCGGUCUGUUGAUGAUUUGACGCCGCUACACUGCGCCGCCGAUAAUGGAUCUCUGUCUUGCAUCAAGUUUCUCCUGGAGAACGGCGCCAAUUUGUUUGCGAGGACGAGCAGAACGGCGAUGACGGCUCGAGGUAUGGCGGCGAGGAAGAACAUUACAGGAUGCGCGCAGUAUCUUGAAAACGAGGAAGCUCGUUUGUUGAAGAUGCAGAGGGAAAUGCAGCAACAGAAGAUGCAGGAUUUGCAAGAAGCUUGUGACGAUGGUAAUCUACGGAUGGUAAAGGAAACUUUGCAUGAUGUACAAGACAAGGGAGCAAUAAAGUUUGCGGAUGGAACGAAUCCUCUCUACAGAGCUUGUCUUUUCGGUCACAAACACAUCGCCGACUACCUGAUCAAAGACUGCUUUAUUCGCAAUUGGCCACGUCACUCGCAAACGAAAGAGACGCCUCUCCAUGCGUGUGCAUACAAUGGCUCCAUCACCGUCGCCAACCUCCUUCUCGUCAUAUCGCCAAACAUGUCAAACAUGGUAUCACAAAACAGCGAGACGGCCUUACACAUUGCCUCACGAAACGGACACGCUGAUCUAGUGCGGUUGUUGUUGACCGGAGGCGCCAUCAUGAGCUCGAAUACGUCUCUAUUGGAUGUACUUCGUACUCGUACUUGUGAUGGCAAUUUGGCCAGCAGUGAGGAUGCUCUUGAGGUGGUCAAGUUUCCUCUGGUUGAUAUUAAUGCGAGGUGUCAGUUGGGCCGGACGGCGUUGUUGUUUGCAUGUGAGAAGGGGCAUGGUGAGGUUGUUCAACUGCUCUUGGAAAAGAAGGAUGAGAACGGUCAACGUGUUUGUGACGUUCACAUUGCAAACGCCGUCGGCGAGACUGCACUGCAUCUCACGUGUGCGGCCAACUACACGCACGUAACAGAGAUGCUGCUGAACGCCGGUGCAGACAUCAACGCUGUCAUUCGACAAUCUCAAACGAGCGACCAGAAGAUAAUGUCACGAGCUGUAACACCACUUGUUAUGGCUGCUGGCAAUGGUUGGAAGGACACGGUGCUGUUGUUGUUGGAGCGAGGGGCUGCGGUCACUGACGGUGAUGCUAUACAAGCUGCACAACAGGCUGGAUAUGGAGACAUCGUUCAGUUGAUUGUUUCGUUUGCUGGCGUCAAGGAGGACACAGAGACGACAGAAGAAGAGAGGAAGAAACUGGAGAAGAAACAUGCAGCGGCAAUACCACCCGAACUCGACAACUGCUUCCUAUCCAUCAACUGGAACACUCUACAGCUCAGCUGUUUAGAGAUGCCAUUCAUUCAUGAAACAAAGCAACACUACUGCACACGACAUCCCAACACACAAUCCAAAUGCCUACACGUGACGUCACUCGAAUUGGUCUCAAACAAGCUCACACACUUGCCAACCGAAAUCUUCCACAUGCAACACUUGAGGAAGCUGAACAUCACGAAGAACAAAAUUCGUUGUUUGCCUGCUGAUCGAAGCGACUGGAAAUGCUUGCAGUUGCACGAGUUGAGGGCGGCAUUCAAUCAGUUGAGUGUUGUUCCUGUGGCUGUAUUCUUGUUGAAGCAUUUGAGGCAUGCAAGUUUCAGUACGAAUUGCCUCACAGAAAUGCCGUGGGAAAUGUGGAUGGCUCCGUCGUUGGAGAAACUGUUGUUGGCGAAUAACGGGAUCAAACAGUUGCCAGGGUUGCCGAGUCAAGAGAGGUUAUCACCACCCAUCGAAGGCCUAGAAAAGUGUGACAACUACGAUAGCGGCACUAUGAGUGGUGUAAGCAGUGGUCGACCCUCCACAUCCAGCGGAGGCAGCAAAGGCACCAGAAACAGCAAACUAACCGGAAAAGGCCUCUCAACCCAACUAGAAGCCCACCGACAUCUCCUACGAUACCAAACCGGCAGCCUUCUCAUGCCACCUCUUAGUGCAACGAAGCACGGAGAGAAGACGGGUCGCGGUCUAAAGACACUCGACGUCUCAAAUAAUCAGCUCACUUGCCUUCCACAGGAUCUCGCCUGUCUAGCACCUCACUUGAACCGUCUGAUCCUAAAGAACAAUCAGAUAACCACACUCAUCGUGCCUCGCGGCUUACCAGUGAGCAUCGUAAGCGUCGAUCUCGACAACAACAAGUUGAUUGAUUUUUCUGCAUCACAAGAGCCGUGUGAAAGUGUGUGUCCUCGUCAGGCAUUUGGAUCACCGGAGAUGCCACUCGGGACGUCGCUUUACUCGCCAGUGAAGCAGCCGGCAUGUAUGCAUUGUCAACACAAGACGCUUCCGUUCUUGACUCUUCUCACUUUGGGAAGUAAUAAUCUCGACGAAUUGUCGUUCAAACUUUCGUAUCCGGAGCCGGCACGUUCUCGGGUUGAGAAACAGCCGACGUCCAUACUGACGGCACGACGUCAAAUGACGUCAGAGAAGUCGGAAGACGAGGAGCUACCGACCGUCAUAUGCCCGAAUCUCAACCGACUGCACUUGGAACGUAAUCAGUUUUGCUCCAUUCCGGAUUCCGUUUGUAAGUUGGAGAAACUGAAGGGAUUAAAUGUUAGUCACAAUAAGGGCAUACUUCACUUGCCGUUGGAGAUGGGAAAGUUAAGGAGUCUGUAUGAUCUCGGUCUUGAUGGUUUGUCGUUGGUGGAUCCUCCUCCUCAUAUCAUACAACAGAGAACAGGAGAUAUUAUCGGCUUUCUUAGUCAAAGACUGAAACAGUCUAUGCCGUAUCGUCGAUUGAAGCUGAUGUUGGUUGGACGACAUGAGAAAGGCAAGACGAGUUUGUUGCAACAGUUGAUCAUCGAAGGGCAUAGCAGCGGGCAUCAGAGUUACUUCUGUCAGGUUAUUCCUGCUCAUAAGAGCAUCACGCCGUCUACUAAUGGCAUUGACAUUGUUGAGUGGAGUAUGAUCAGACGCAGUCUCGUUCCCAUGCGAGAAACAAAGGUCACAUUCAUGGUGUGGGAUUUCGGUGGCCAAGAAGAAUACUAUGCAACACAUCAGUGUUUCCUGUCGCGUCGAUCAUUGUAUUUGGCUGUGUGGAGCAUGGAAGAUGGUUUUAAAGGCAUUGAGGAUCUUGGCAGAUGGCUUCUUACUAUUGAGUGUCGAGCUCCUUCAUCUUCUGUCAUCAUCGUCUGCACAUUUCUCGACGCGUUUUCAGACAAAGACAAAAAGACCUUGGCAACCAAGUACAGAGCUGAAAUCAUCCAACGAUAUGGCAUCAUUGGGCAUGUCAAGGCUGGAUAUCCGAUUAUCAGAGACAUCGCGUUUGUCAGUGCUGUUAAGAACGAUAAGGCGAUGAACAACUUGCGAAACACAAUUUUUAAUACGGCCUGUAGGCUGGAAGAAACAGCUUUGAGAAAUUUUGCUGUCAACCCCAGUGCUCCCAUUCAACGUCUUCUCGACCAGCAAGUGCCGGCUGGAUUUAUCCAAGUUGAAGAAAGAGCAAUGGAAGUUGCUCGUGAGUGCAGAAAGCACAGAGAAGUGCCUGUACUGACAACAGCUAAUUUCAAAAAGAGAGUGAUGAGUCAUGAACACGUGACACUUGUAGACAAAGCGUCUGAGGAGGAAACGAGCCAGGCGGUUCAAUUCUUGCACGAAAACGGAAUUAUGCUUCACUUUGAGGAUUCAAAUCUCAAGGAUUAUUACUUCUUGAGUCCUCAGUGGCUGUGUGACAUGCUCGCUCACAUUGUCACAAUCAAAGCUUCGAAUGCCUGCAUCUCAGACGAAGGUAUUUUGCCACUUGCAAAGUUUCCUCAAGUUUUUCGAAGCAGCCAAUUUCCUGUUAGUCUGCAGUCGUGUUAUCUUGAUCUGUUGGACAAGUUUGAAGUGGCUGUUUUGAUUGACGAGAAGAAUUUAUUGGUGCCGAGUCGUUUGCCUGAUCAUUUGACGCAGACGUCUCGAGGGGCAAGCGACAAGUUGAUCAACAGCACUGUGGUAUGUACGUGUGUGUGUAUGCAUGAGGGCAUGCUUCCCCUUCAUCGUCAUUACGCCAUGAAAUAUAUUCCACACGGUAUGUGGCCUCGUCUGAUCUCCCGCAUUCUCGGCGACAAACAAAUGAAAGAAUCAGUGGCAAAACAACUAGCAAACACCACCGAAGGAAACCUCAAGUGGUAUGCCUGGAAGAAGGGCGUCGAGCUCCACUGGAAAAACCAACCGAUUCUUCGUCUCCAGGAGGCAACAGGUUCCAUAUUCUCUUCUCCUCGGCUUGAUCCAUCACUCGUCCACAUUACUGUAUGUCAUCAAUUUGACAUGUUCGACGACAUCGAUGUCAUACAGAGUAGUCACGAUGUCGGCCUGCAGUUGUGGAUCGCGAACGAUCCAGUGAAAACGUGCGAGUUGAGCGGCCACGACAAGCUUGAAGAUGAACUUGCGAACGAAGCCGAAACUGUGAAGACAGAGUCUCCACUUCCAGGCAGGAGGUACAGCAUGAAGGAAGUGGAUAAAGGGUUUACGGUUAUUGAAUUCGAUCACGGGUACGAAACGUCGGUGGAACGACGACACGAAAUGAGUCUGAGUCUUUCAGUGAAGACGAAGACGUCGCACGACACGGACAGACAGAGACACGAGAGUUUUGUUAAUUCCGUCAGCAGCUAUUUGCCUCCGGAGUCGCGUCCCGAACCGCUGGCAGUCGAAUUGCUUACCCGGUGUGUGUCCCACAUUGACACCAUCCUACAAGACUGGUAUCAUGGAUUACGAGACUACAACACGUUCUCACUCUGUCGCGACUGUCUACGUUCGGCUCUACUGCACAGCGAAACGGUCGACGUCGCCAACAGUCGAUCCGUUCAUGUGUGCGUUUUUACGUUGGACGCUGCUGUACGACAGGCCUACUGUACUGAUACAAUCGCCUGCAGACAACAUGAGAAUGUGCCUUUAGCGUGGAUCGUUCCUGAUGCUCUGUUUGGUGAUCUACCGGCAUCGUCGAUUAUUAGACCUUCGUGUCUGAAGCAGAGUUACUCGCUUGGUAAAGGAGGAUUUGGUGAUGUGUGGCAGGGACAGUUGAGUAGAAAGGAUAAGCCGUCGAUUUCUGUUGCCUUGAAGAUGUUGAUUAGAGGGAUCACGGACAUUAGUAGCCAGAAACGCGCCGAAACAACUCAAACCGCUGAAGCUGCUCACUUCUCAGAAGCUCUUCCAUCUGCACGCUUGGAAGUCUCCUUCCUCUCUCAACUCAACCAUCCUCACGUUGUCAAAAUGUUUGGAGUGUGCGUUCGGCCUCUUUGUGUCGUCCUCGAACUUGCACCAAUGGGCAGUCUAGAGAAAAUCAUCGAGGCAUACAUCACGGCUCAGUGGCUCAUCGAUGCAUACAGCAGCUGUUGUGUUGCACAGCAAGUUGCCAGUGCAUUAGAUUACCUUCACUCAACAAUGAACGUGAUCUACAGAGAUCUAAAGAGUGACAACGUUCUUGUCUGGAAAUUUCCCAUGCCAAACAGGUCGAAGGAUAACGAUGAACAAGACGUGGUGUUCGUUAAGCUUUCUGAUUAUGGGAUUAGUCAGUGGGCGAACGCUAAAGGCAGAGCGAAAGGUUUCGGUGGAACCGAGGGUUACAUUCCACCAGAGGUAUACAAACAUCGUGGUAGAGAGGCGUUUAAUACAAAGAUUGACAUUUUUGCAUAUGCUAUGGUUCUGUAUGAGUUGAUUACGCUGCAACCGCCGAUGAAGGAUACUCAACCAGACGAGUUGGAACAAGCGUAUCUUUCAGGAAAGAGGCCGUUGUUAAACAGGGAGCACAUGGAUUGUCGCAUCUUUCUUCGUGAAUUGAUGUUUUGGUGCUGGCAGCAAGAUCCUCACAAUCGCCCAACUGCUGCUGACAUUCUUGUCGAACUCAACUCAAUCCAAUUUCUUAGACUAAGAGGUGGUUUACCAGUGGCUGAAGACGCGGUCAUUCAUUGUGGAACAGUUUAUCAUCGAGAAAUGAAGGCAUCUAUUGUCUUACCUGAGUCAACCACGAGUACCAGCAGCACAAGUAGUGAAGUAAAGAAAUAUGAUGAAAUAUGGAUGUUCUCGGGAGAUGAGCAUCUCGGCAAAGUGACAGUUGUUAGCAAGUACGAUCGCGAAAUAGAACAAGAGGACUUUGCUGUCUGCGACAGCUGCAUUAUGUGUGCCUGCACUGUGAAUGACAAAAUGUGGAUUGGCAGUGAGAUGGGACACGUGUACAUCUAUGGUGCCGAUAGUCGUCAGCAAUUGGCUAAAGUUCUGGUCGCUAGAAGCAAACGAGAGCCAGUCAUGUGUAUGAUGCAUUCUGCCACUAAUGGGCAUGUUAUUGUAGGUACUGGUACAGGCACUAUUCAUCUCUACCCUGCCGAUCUGCCAACCUCCACUUCUCAGCAAGAAAUCACCAAUGCACUCGUUCCACUCAAGUCUCUGACUCUAUCCAACAGGAUUGUGAGCUGUUUGGUUCUCAUACCACACAGAAAUCGAUUGACUGACGAUCCAUUUGAACUCUGGUGUGGACUGACGUUUGGUGAGAUUGCUGUGCUGGAUGCCAGUACACUCGAGAGCAAAUGCAAAGCAGUGCAAGUCGUGCCAGAAAGGCAGAGAAAAUGUCGAGUUCGAGUUCAUAAUAUGGUUGUGGGAAUUGUGUCUCAUUUGACGACGGGAUGUGAUGGCAGUGGGUUUGGGUUUGGACAGAAAUCUGUUGCUUUUUGUUCACUAGAGAAAUGUGGUGUGGUCAUAAAGAUUUUUACUGAAACGAAGGACGUAGCAGGUGAGGUUGACGUUGCUGGUUAUCUCAAUGAAGGAGGAGAAUUUGAAGUGCACCUAUUCAGUGUGACGUCACUUUUCUGCCUCAACGACCGUCUCUUUGUUGGCACUCGAUCUGGUCACAUAGUUGUAAUCAACUCUAACUCACUAUCGAUCAUAUCCAAGUUUCACGGUUUUUGUGAAAACGUCACUUCCAUGCUUUCCCUUCCGAAAUCAUCGUGGAACUUGCUCCCUGCCGUAUCCCGGCACACAUCAGAUGCAGACACAGCCAGGGAGGAGCCUUCGAGUUUAUUUCCAUAUUUGGUUAGUUUUGGUGUUGGAUUACAGAGUUAUGCCAGGGAACACGUGGGUAUGUCAAUAACGAGCUUCAUGCUGCUUUGGAAUAUUGACAGUUUGUAGUCUGUUGAUAUACGAUGGUCGCAGUCGUUUGUAUUUUCGAAUUCUAUUUUUGCCGCUGCUAGAAGAGUAGAUUGUACUACUGUUUUAUACAGGUACAGCAACUGAGUGAUCUGACUGGGUGAUGGGCAUGUGAUCACAUCUUGCAAUGUCCAUGAACGUCCCAGAUAAGAAUGCAGUUUCCCGGAUAAACACGUGUGAUGGCCAAAGUAAAUUAAGCAAUUUGUGUAAUAUUAUUUUUUAAUUUAAAUAUGUAUGUAUAGGCAGCAAUACUGGUGACUAUUAAUAAACAGGUUUUAGUAACGUAAAACAGGUACCUGGUAAUAGUUCCAUACAACAGAUAAUGAAAUAAAUAAAAUAAAACAGUUAAUAAUGUUCCAUUCAUUUUAAAAAGAAAUAUGUGACAAGUCAAGAACAACACAGUCAUUUGUGUGGGCAGACAUGCUCCACCAAACUGGUACUGAAACAUCUUCAGCCUGAGAUCUGCACCCAAUGCUGCACAUUGCCCUGAUCAUUGCUGCCUGGUUGGCAUCUUUACCAAAUUCAGUAGUCCACAUACCCGAUGCUGUUACAGCCUGUAUGUAGCAAUCAUCUUUGUUUUCUAUUUGAAUCACCUUUGUCUUGAACAUGAAAACUCAGCUGACAAAUUCAACACAAGCCUUUGCCAACAAUGACUGAGGUUGUUAGCUACAUUCACCAAAUCCUUAGCCGUACAUUUAGUGUUUGCUUGUACUGUCAGUGACUGUUGUUGAAAGUUUCCUUGUACAUCAUCUUUCUCUUCAUAAAACCAACAGUCCAAUCCAGAUUGACAUCGACCCUGCUUUUGUUUUUUCUCUUGCUUUUGUUUCUUUUCAAUGUUGUGUCCUCACUUGGUA